AUGGUGAUUUCAAAGCCACCAUCUUCCCCAAAACAGAAACCUUCAUCUCAAGCUUCUGGGUUUAAUCUUUCAGCAACAAUCACCAAUUUGCAAUUCCUCCAAAAGGCGUUGUUUCGCAUUGGCAUGGAAAGGAUCGUGCCAAACAGACACUCGAGAAGAAACUCAACUGGAAACCUCACAUUCGAGCAACCAGGAUAUAAAGACAUUCUAAGUCGAUAUCUUCAACCUCCAUUUCCAUCCUGCCACGAUAACUGCAAACGACCUUUUCUCAACCUCCCUCUAGAAUUCAAUCCCGCAACUUCCCCUCUAGAAAACCCGUCAUCUAAGAAACUCUAUGCACCCAUUCCCAGACCUUCAACAAAAGAUGUUAAAAUCAGCAAGACUUCACUUACACAUCAAAUCAAACCAGCACCCAUUGAAUCCAAAAGCCAAGAUUUCAAGUCAAAGAUCAACUCAAAGCCUGACCCAGAUGAUCCAUUUUAUCUCCCACCUUCAAGACUUACUAGGAGAUACAGUGAGGUCAUUAUACCCACCACUGGUUUGGGAGAUGUUCUUGAUUCGCCUGCAGUUGGAGGUGGUUUGACCAGAAGCAAUAAAACUAUUUAUAACAAGACUGAACCAAGAAAGAAUUCAAAACCACCCAAUUCUGUUAAGACUGCUGCGAAAACGCAUGAGAAUGAUGGGAAGGUUUCUAGAAAGGUGCAAGCUUUGAAAGCCCAGUUCAGUUCGACGGUUGAUCAGGGUUCAAAAAAGUCCAAGCCUGUGAAACCUGGUGGAGACGUUGUUCAAGAAAAGAAGACCGAUAAAGCUGAUAAAAUUCAAAGGCGUACAUCUUCAAAGAAAGACGAAACUCUGCAAAGAGAUGGUCAAAAGAACGGUAUAACAGCCUUUGAAGUCAAAAAAACAGAAGAUAGAACUCAAAUUCCUACUUCUGGUUCGUCCAGGAACGAGGAAAGAGUUUCUGGAAAUGGUCACAAUGGAACGAAGAUCUCGUCUUCAAAGAAAGACGAAACUCUGCAACAAGAUGAACAAAAGAACGGCAUAGAAGCUUCAGAAGUCAAGAAAACAGAAAAUAUAGUUCAAAUUCCUACUUCUGGUUCUGGUUCUGGUUCUGGUUCGUCCAGGAAUGAGGAAAGAGUUUCUGGGAAUGGUGAUAAUGGAGCUCAGAUUUCCUCAUCUUCAAAAAAAGACGAAACUCUGCAAAGAGAUGGGCAAAAGAAAGGAAUAACAUCUUUAGAAGUCAAGAAAACGGAGAAUAUAAUUCAAAGUCCUGCUUCUGGUUCAUCCAGGAAUGACGAAAGAGUUUCUGGAAAUGGUCAAAUUGGAUCACAGAUCUUCUCGCCUUCAAAGGAAGACAAAACUCUGCAAAGAGAUGGUCAAAAGAACAGCAUAACACCUUUAGAAAUCAAGAAAACAGAAAAGCCGGCACGGGUCAGAAAGUUAGCAACGGAAAAUGGAAAUUGUUCGCCUCGAAAACCCAAAUUUAACCCAGGAAACAUCAUUGAUUCAGAAUCUGGAAGUAGCAGCCCAAGAAAACACAAGUUUGGGCAAGGGAAAGUGGUGGAUGAAAACAAAAACAGUCCAGAUAACAGGACAAGUUUAAGAAGACUGUGUUCUGACAGUGUAUUACACAGUUCUGAAAAUCGCUCUGUAGAUGUUGCUCUGAAACCGUGCAAAGUGGAAACAAACAAAACCCAUGUGGGUUUAAAUAACGUUAUCGAAGAGACUGCUAGCAAGCUUAUCCAAACUAGGAAGAGCAAGGUCAAAGCUCUGGUUGGUGCUUUUGAAAUGAUUUCUAAAAACUAAAGCCUGAUUAAAAAGAAAGUAUAACCUGCAUAUUCCUAAAUUCUGAGCUUAUGGGGUUUGCUUCUUUCUUGCUGGAACGCAAAUGAUCUUUAUAUCUCUUCCUUAAUGGAGGUCUGGUGCGAGUUGCAGU